AUGGGCUAUAAGAUACGUUUUAUUGAUCCAUUAUCACAACUCAUUUCUACACCCAUUCCAGUGCCAGGAACACAACAGGAACCAACUGUGCCCUCUCUUUUUGCCAUGAACGCCAGGGCAUUUUCAAGAGCACUCGGUGACUUGGAGGAUGCAGUUGCGAGUAUCAGAGACAUCGGCGAUGAGGAGCAUAGCAGCUAUAAGACCAAGAGUAUGGGUAGCAGCAGCAAUGACAGGAUCAGGAAUUACAAUAGAAGCAGCAGUAACAAUGACACCAAGAAGGGUGGAAACAACAACAGUGGUAGCCAUCUGACCCUAGAAAGCUCGCCGACUUUGGGAACAGGUUUAAUAUCAGGGUACAACAGUGGUUACCUUGCUAGUACUUUGAGCGUCAACUCUAGUCAAAACCGUACCUACAGCUUUGAUUACACUAAUAGCAACAGUAGCAACAUUAUCAACAACGAUUACGCUAGAUGCUUUAGCAAAUAUGAUAACAAGUGUAAGAAUAAUAAUUCAACUUCAGGACGCCGUCGAUUCUCUUUCUUGGCUGGUUUUAUGCCCUCAAGGCGAUUGACUCUUGAGAAUUCGACAUUAAGGUCCAAGAUCACAGAACUGGAGCGAUAUCUCCAAGGGCUCAAACAAGAAUUGCUCUUGACUCAUCAACGUCGAGAUUUUCAAACGAAGGAAUCAGAGGCCCGACAUCAAUUGGAGAUCCAUGAACUGGAACAGCUAAUUCAACACUAUGAGGCGAACCUAUUGCAAAAACAGGUAGUAUUGGAGGACUUGGAGAACCAGUUAAAGCACCAGGCUCGAGAACAGAUCACAAAGUUAAAGCGGAUCACGUUGUUGGAGCGUGAGAUCGUGGAGAUGAAACGUAUGUCGACAUUGAGUGCUGGUAGCACUGUUAUUGGCGGCAGUACUAUUAUUGGUGAUGGUAAUAAUGGUAGUAGUGGUAGUAAUAGUAGUAGAAGUAGUAGUGGUAGUAGUAGUAGCAGUGGUAGUAGCAGUCAUGGCCACGAUGAUUAUGAUGAAGGCACACUUUUAUUCUCCAGCAUCAGCAAUAAUAGUGGCAAGAGUCAUAGAAGAUACAGUUAUAGUCAUGAACUAUUCAAUCAUUGGUCUCAAGAUAAAGAGCAGGAGUUUCAACAACAACAACAGCAACAAGAACAACAACACAGUAUGGAGAAGAGCAACAGGAACAGCUCAGUCUUCAUCGAGAGUGCACAACUAUCAUCAUCACUAUCCUUAUCAACCUCAUCAUCGUUGUCGUCAUCUUCACCAGUUUUUACUUCAGCCCUGUCAACAUCAGCAUCAACUAGAAGCAAUCAUAGUUCCAGAAAAGGAGAAAAAGUUAAAGCAUUAGCCCUUAUUCAACAACUUGAAGACGAAAAUAAUCGUAAAGAUGAGCGGAUACAACAAUUGUUGACAACUAUCGAAAGACUGGAUGCGGCUGUGUCGCGUAUAGAACAAGUGGAGCAGCAACAACAAUGUCCAAAAGUCAGCAGCAUCAACAGCAUCAGUACUAAUAAUAGCGACAUCAAACAUCUAGUUAUGCAUCUUCUGUAA